AUCACAUUUCCACAAUCGCAGGCACAAAUCGAAGACACACGGUCUGAACAGAGCUGGCAUCAUCCCCAUCAUCUCCAUUUUCACAGCGACAGCCCACAGACACGAUGGCCGACCAGAACAAGCUUGAGCAAGUGUUCGAGGAGCACUACAACGUGUUUGAGCGCAAGCUGCGCCAGCAGCAGCGCGCGGAGUUCCUCUGCUGUGCCACAUGCUCCGAGAACCCCAACAUGAGCGCCAAGGAUUACAACGAGUGCCUGCAGAAGUGCAAGGCCCCGCUCACCGCGUUCUCCGAGGUCAUGCAGAAGGAGAUCGGCAACUUCCAGGAGCGGUACAUGCGCUGCGCGCGCGACUGCGAGGACCGCAUCCGUGAUCGCAUCACCCCGGAUAUGCAGUCGCUGCCGCCGCAUCUGGAGGAGGAGCUCAAGGCGUGUGCCAGCAAGUGCUCGUCAUCGCACGCCGCACUUGUGCCGGGCCUCUUCAAGAAGCUUGACGAGUACGCCAAGCACUUUGCAUCGAAACAGUAACCGUAGGCUCACAACUUCCCAACUCGACAGUGUGUGUGUGUGUAGGUGUGUGUGUGUGUCAGUUGGUAGCGUGGAUUGUGUCUGCAUCUAGCGCGCAUGUGUCAAACUAGUGUGUGCGUAUAACUUGCGUGUAUUUGGUGCGCCACACCGACCAUGUUGCUGGUGUUCAUCCGUGCGGACACGAGACUCGUCACAUCCACCCCCUUGAUCAGAGAUUGUGGUCGUGCGGUGUAUAUGCGUAUGCUAGCCAGAUAUGUGUGUGUGUGUGUGUUUCAUGCUAUGGCACCGUGCUUGUGUGCGUGUCGAUAUAGUGGCAGCUGUUGUGCGUCGUGCAAUCACAGCACGUACGCACGUGUGCACAGGCCAUAAACAACCUCCAUAGCCUUGCCUCAUUCACGGCAGGAGUGUGCCCAG